AUGCCUCCAAAGUCCCCUGUAAAGUCUGCCAAGGGAUCUGACUCUGGCAUGGACCAGGAGAAUGCAUUCCUGGCCAUGUGCCUUCGGAAUAUUGACCCCGACUCCAAGAAGGUCGACAUGGGUGCGGUUGCCGAUGCCCUCGGCUACGGCAAUGUGAAGUCUGCUGGCAACCGGUUCAGCGCUCUGAAGAAGAAAUACGACAUUCGUAUUGAAACCACCUAUGCCCGCUCUGAUGGUCCCGGAAGCCCCAUCAGCCCCAAGCCUUCGCCAAACAAGGUGCAGAAGCCCGGUGCCAAGCGCGGCCGUAAGCCCAAGGCACAGACUGCUGCCAAGGAGGCUCAGGCCAAGGAUGAGCCUGAGGCCAAGGAGGAGCAUGACGAGGACGACCACAAGGCAGAGGUGGACAAGACCAGCGAGAAUGAAGCUUAG